CUUCCUGUCAGACCCAACUCGGAGAGUAACAAGGUUGAAACAAUGGAGGACCUCUAUGUGGCAAACACUAUCUUUGCUCUUAACUUCUUCAAGCACCUGACAAAAACAAGCCCCACCCAGAACCUCUUCUUCUGUCCAUGGAGCAUUUCAUCCACCAUGGCCAUGGUCUACCUGGGCUCCAGGGGCAACACUGAAGAUCAGAUGGCCAAGGUGUUUCAGUUUAACAAAAUUGGUGGCUAUGAUGUCACCCCAGAGAACGUCACUGGUUGUGAUUUCAUGCAACAGCUACAGAAGGGAACUUACCCUGAUGCUAUUUUGCAGGCACAAACAAGAGACAAAAUACACUCAUCCUUCCAUUCUCUCAUUUCUGCAAUCAACGCUUCCUCAGGGGAUUAUUUAUUGGAAAGUGCCAAUAAGCUGUUUGGAGAGAAGUCUGCGAGAUUCAAGGAAGAAUACAUGCAAGUCUGUAAGAAAUAUUACUCUACAGAACCCCAGGAAGUAGACUUCCUGGAACAUGCAGAAGAAGCCAGGAAAAAGAUUAAUUCCUGGGUCAAGACCCAAACCAAAGGCAAAAUCCCAAACCUGCUGCCUGCAGGGUCUAUAGAUGGGGACACAAGGAUGGUUCUGGUGAAUGCUGUCUACUUCAAAGGAAAGUGGAAAACUCCAUUUCAGAAGAAACUAAAUGGAUUUCAUUCUUUCCGUGUGAACUUGACUCAGCGUAUUCCUGUACAGAUGAUGUACUUGCGUGAGAAACUGAACAUUGGCUACAUAGCAGAACUAAAGGCUCAGAUUCUAGAGCUCCCAUAUACUGGAGAUGUCAGCAUGUUUCUGUUGCUUCCAGAUGAAGUUGGUGAUGCAUCAUCCACUGGCCUUGAGUUGCUGGAAAAUGAGAUAAACAAUGACAAACUCAACCAGUGGAUGAGCAAAGACACAAUGGCUGAAGAUGAUGUUGAGGUCUACAUCCCCCAGUUCAAAUUAGAAGAGCACUAUGAACUCAAAUCCAUCCUGAGAAGCAUGGGCAUGGAAGACGCCUUCAACAAAGGCCAGGCCAACUUCUCAGGAAUGUCAGAGAGCAACGACCUAUUUCUCUCUGAGGUGUUCCAUCAAGCCACAGUAGAUGUCAAUGAGGAGGGCACGGUAGCAGCUGGUGGCACUGGGGCUGUUAUGACAGGGAGAACUGGUCAUGGAGGCCCACAGUUUGUGGCAGACCACCCUUUUCUCUUCUUUAUCAGACACAACAUAACCAAGAGCAUCUUAUUUUUUGGCAGAUUCUCCUCACCCUAAAAUUGAAAGAUUCUGUUUCUGCCCAGGCUCUUGCUGCAUGAGCUAUAAGUCAUAGCAUUUCUUUCAAGUGUCAAAAGUUUAGAGACUUUUCCACUUACAUAUUUCUGUUCUUCUGAAUAACUUCAGAUACACAUUAAAUAUAAAUCCAGCAAUAACUUCGCAGCUUUCAAUGAUACCAUAGCAACUUUUUAAUCUCUAAAGUGAGAU